UGCCCUCCUCACGGAGCUAAGGCGAUCUGUGGGCGGAGACCACGCAUGGAGGAUGCCUACACAGCCAUACCCUUCCUGAUGGAGGCGAGCAACUUUGUGGAGACGCUGCACUUUUUCGGGGUGUUUGAUGGGCACGGCGGCGCUGAGGGCGCGCUGCACUGCGCACAGACUCUCCAUCAGCGCUUUGCUGCAGCGGAGGCAGCUGCUUGCGGAGUGGCCCGCGGCAACAAUGCUGCGGCGGCGGCGGAAGGGGCGGAGUCCCAAAACGAGAACACCAUUGCCUGCUCCGCACAGCACUUUGAGACUGCGCUGACUGACGCCUUCAACCGCACCGACGAGGAGUUUGGCAAGGCUGACAAUGCUGCGCUCGUGGGCACCACUGCCGUUGUGGCUCUGGUUGGCAGCCGUCAGCUCUACGUUGCCAACUGCGGUGAUUCCAGGGCAGUAUUGUGCCGUGGAGGAGCGGCCAUUGCCCUGACAGAUGACCAUAAAGCAGCCAGGGAGGAUGAGACGGCGCGGGUGGAGGCAGCUGGUGGGCAGAUCCUGUUUUGGAAUGGAGUGCGCGUCAUGGGAGUGUUGGCAGUGUCUCGCGCCAUUGGGGAUCAUUGCCUGCGCCCCUUUGUCAUUGCACAGCCUGAGGUGACCAUCCUGGGCAGGAGGCCAGACGAUGAGAUCCUGCUCCUGGCCAGCGACGGCCUGUGGGACGUGCUGUCCAACCAGGAGGCCUGCACGCUCGCCAAGCGCUGCCUCAGACGCGCGCGCCAGCGCGGGGCCAGCCGCCAGUCGGCCGCCCGCAUCGCCGCCACCGUGCUCACGCGCGCAGCCGUUGACCGCGGCUCACGCGACAACGUCACUGUCGUGGUCGUGGACCUG